CAGUUCUUCUACGGUUCUUGCUCACAGUCUCACUUCCUCUUGUAAAGAUGGCGGUCCACGGCCCUGUAGUGAAAAUCCACCCGGUGGUUCUCGCUUCUAUCGCUGACUCCUACGAGCGCAGGAAUGAGGGAGCAAGUCGUGUGAUUGGAACAUUAUUAGGAACGAUAGAUAAACAUUCUGUAGAGGUCACCAACUGUUUCUCCGUUCCGCACAAUGAAUCUGAAGAUGAGGUGGCGGUGGACAUGGAGUUUGCCAAGAACAUGUAUGAGCUUCACAAGAAAGUUUCUCCCAGUGAAGUCAUCAUCGGCUGGUACGCCACAGGAUAUGACAUUACAGAACAUUCUGUAUUAAUUCAUGAGUAUUACAGUCGUGAGGCUCAGAACCCCAUCCACCUGACCGUGGACACGGCGCUGCAGAGCAACAAGAUGAACAUCCGGGCGUACGUCAGUGCACAGAUGGGAGUUCCAGGGAAAACUGUCGGCGUGAUGUUCACACCGUUAACAGUGAAGUAUAUUUACUACGACACCGAGCGCAUUGGAGUUGAUCUUCUCCAGAGGACUCGUGCGUCUCCCAGUCGCACCAACGGUCUGACCUCAGACUUGUCUCAGGUGGCUGCUUCAGCUGGACGCAUACAGGAAAUGCUCACCAUAGUCCUGGCGUACAUUGAGGAUGUGCUGUCUGGAAAGGUGAUAGCAGAUAACAGUGUUGGCCGUUAUCUAAUGGAUCUGGUCAAAAAAGUACCCAAGAUCUCAGCAGAGGACUUUGAGAGCAUGCUCAACUCCAACAUUAAUGACCUCCUGAUGGUGACGUACCUGGCGAAUCUCACUCAAGCUCAGAUUGCUCUUAAUGAGAAACUUGUUGUUCUGUAACUGAAAAAUAAAGACCUUUAUCAUUCCA